CCGUUCUGAUUCAAUCGAGCCAGUACCAUCGUGCAAGCUAAGCGUGUCGAAAAAGUGCGUCCAAAGUUUAAGAUAUGAAACUAGUUGAAACAUAAACCAGUUCAAGCUAUCUCGUGUCGUCACUGAUAUCAGCUGAGCCAGAUAAGAGAUCCGUCGAAACCAGUUACUCAAUUCACGAAAUCAGUUCUGAACCUCCGUCCACGGCACAAGCAUGACUUCCGCGAUAAUUCUCCUGGCGGUCGCCGUGCUCACCCUAGCCGGAACGGCUCAGAGUGCCAAAAUCCUCGGAGUCAUCCCAUCCGGCGGUAAGUCACACCACUUCGUCGGAGCCGCCUACACGAAGGCCCUGGCCGAGGCUGGACACGAUGUGACGGUCAUUGCGGCUUUCCGGGAGAAGAAUCCCCCCAAAAACUAUCGCGAGAUUGUGAUGGACGAUCUGUACGAGACGCUGUUGAAAUUCAUGGAAAAUCCGUUCGAGUUUCCGGAGAUUCCACCGCUGAUGCAUCUGUACAUGAUGUACACCGAAUUCGGGAAGUUCUCCAGCGAGUUCACCCUGAACCAUCCCGAAGUUAAGGAGUUGAUGGAGUCCGGUGAAACAUUCGACUUGGUGAUUGUCGAAACCUUCCUCACAGAAGCUAUCUACGGUAUGGCGCAGCACUUCAACGCAUCGCUCAUAACGUACUCCACGCUUGGGAACAUCCUUUGGACCAGGGAACUAACCCGCAGCCCCGCUCCAACGUCCCACGUGGCCAACUUUAUCCUAAACUACGUCGAUAGCAUGACAUUUUGGGAGCGAGUCUGGAACACGAUCGUGGACUGGUCAGAUCGCCUCAUGUACAACACGCUGCAUUUGCCAGUGCAGAAGCAACUGUACGAGCAGGCAUUCCCCAACGCAAAAAUCUCCUUCGAAGAGCAGAUGAAGAACGUUUCGCUGGUACUGCUGAACAGCCACUUCAGCUUGAGUUCGCCGCGACCGUAUCCACCGAACGUGAUCGAAGCUGGCGGAAUCCAGAUCGAAAAGGUUAAGCCACUGCCGGAGGACCUCCAGAAGUUCCUGGACGGCGCGAAGGACGGUGCAAUCUACUUCAGCAUGGGAUCCUACUUGAAGUCAAACGAAUUCCCGAUCGAAAAACGGGACGCCUUCAUCAAGGUGUUCGCGCGGAUGAAGCAACGGAUCGUGUGGAAGUUUGAAGACGAAUCCAUUACCAACCUUCCGAAGAAUGUUCUGAUCAAGCCGUGGAUGCCACAGAAUGAUAUUCUUGCGCAUCCAAAUGUCCAGGUGUUCAUGACGCACGGAGGGUUAUUGGGAGGCACUGAAGCUCUGUUCCACGGAAAGCCGGUCGUUGGAAUCCCGAUAUUCGGAGAUCAGACCAUGAACGUACAGAGAGCCGUCAAAACCGGAUACGGUGUGGAGUUGCUGUACAAAGAUAUCACUGAGGAGAACGUCGAGAAUGCGUUAAAUAAGGUCCUGGGAGAUCCAAAGUACGCAAAAACGGCUCAACUGAUCUCACAGCGGUACCACGACAAACCGAUGAGUGCCAAGGAGACUGCCCUGUUCUGGAUAGAGUACGUGCUACGGCAUCGUGGUUCUCCCCAGCUACGAUCUCCAGCCAUGGCGUUGACACUGAUCGAGUAUUGCUCGAUAGACGUGUACUCGCUAGUAUUUAUUGUUAGCUAUGCCUCGGGCGCCAGAAUCCUCGGGAUACUUCCGAUGGGCGCCAAGUCCCACAACAUAAUCGGAGCGGCUUACAUGAAGGCACUGGCAGCGGCCGGUCACGAAGUGACCGUCGUAAGCCCGUACACUUUGAAAAGCCCACCGAAAAACUAUCGGGACAUUGAGCUAACCGGAAUGUUGGAAGCGAUGGACGACCAGGAGCAGAACCUGUUCAACUACAAAGGAUCCGGCAUUGGGUCAUUCUUCAUCAUGAUGUAUGUACUGUACGGAAAGCUUCCGGAAGUGGUCGGCAAGCUCGUGCUACAGCAUCCAAACGUAGUUAAGCUGCUAAAUUCCAACGAAAAGUUCGACCUAGUUAUAGUGGAGUCAUUCCUCACGGAGUCGCUGUACGGAUUUGCGCAGCAUUUUGACGCCCCACUGGUAACGUACUCCACGUUUGGGAACUCCAUGUGGACCAACGACCUGGUGGGUACGCCAGCCCCUCCGUCACACGUAGCGCACUUCCUGCUGAGCUAUGCCGAUCGGAUGACGUUCUGGGAGCGAUUGGUCAACACGGCGGUAACUGUUUUGGACCGGGUUGUGUUCGAGUGGUAUUACCUGCCAAAGCAGAAGCGGUUUUACGAAGUGGGCUUUCCGAACGCUAGGAUUUCGUUUGAAGAUCAGAUGAGGAACGUUUCGCUAGUGUUUUUGAAUCAGCACUUCAGCGUUAGCAGUCCCAGACCGUACGCGCCGAACAUGAUAGAGGUCGGUGGGAUUCAGGUGGAGAAGCCGAAGGCGUUACCAAAGGAUCUUCAAAAAUAUCUCGAUGAAGCCGAGCACGGUGUGAUCUACUUCUGCAUGGGAUCCAAUCUCAAGUCCAAGUUCUUCCCAGUUGAUAAAAGGAACGCCUUCCUUAAGGUGUUCUCCAAGUUAAAAGAGCGUGUGCUGUGGAAGUUUGAGGAUGAAACGCUUCCCAAUCAACCAGGUAAUGUCAAGAUUCAGGCGUGGAUGCCUCAGAACGACAUAUUGGCGCAUCCUAAGGUCAAACUGUUCAUUACGCAUGGUGGACUGCUUGGAACUUCGGAGUCCCUGACGCAUGGAAAGCCCAUGGUUGGAAUCCCGAUCUUCGGCGAUCAAAUGAUGAACGUGGAGAAGGGAGUACGAGCUGGAUACUCCUAUCUACUGGACUACGAUGAUAUUACAGAGGAGAGUGUUUCGAAAGCGAUCAACACAGUUUUGGGAACUCCUUCGUAUACGAAGACCGCACAGCUGAUAUCCCAGAGAUUCCGCGAUAGACCACUGACAGCUCAACAGACAGCUGUAUACUGGGUGGAAUACGUAAUCCGACAUGGAGGAGCUCCACAUCUGAGGUCUCCAGCGUUGGAUCUGUCAUUGCUUCAGUAUCAUUUGCUAGAUGUUUACGGAGUUUUAAUGAUAUUUGCUAUAGGAUCAAUAUGGCUGAUUAUGUAUACAGUGAGGAUACUCUUAAAGAAGAUAAUCAAACCUUACAAAUGCAAAGGUUCGAAAAAGAAACGUUCUUAAAACAUUUCUCUAGAGUUAAUGUUAUCAAUCAAAUACAAACUGCUUGAAAUCUUUUAUUCAUGGAGAGAAUGUCAUCGACUUGCCAUAAAUGG